AUGGGACAAAGACGUAAGCUACCCAAUGGACAAAAUCUUAUGUGCAUUGUCUAUCAUGAUGAAAAAUUGCCUUUACAUCAUCUACGUCAAUUACGAUCUUGUCUUUAUCAAAUAUUUGACUACUCAAGUAUUUUUAGUGAUCUUCUUACAUUUUCUACUUAUAUCAAGGAUAAAUUCAUCGUAAAUAAAUUAGUUUUUAUUCUAAGUGGUAAUCAAGCUCACCCUCUAUGUUGUAUGGUGCAAAGUCGUACACAGAGUCCAGCAAAUUCUUUUCUCUAUGAGUUACAAUUUGGCCAAGAAAAAUUACGAUCGAACUUAGCUAAUGGCCAAAGAUUUCAAAAUAUCGACCGAUUAUUUGACAAGAUUGUUGAUGACGUUAAAGGAUACAUAAAGAAUGAAGAUAACCAUUGUCAAGAAAAUAUUGAAAAUGAUGAAUUAAUUCUUCGCCGAUCAGCAUUAUCAUUUGGUAUUUGUGAUCAAUUUCGACAACAACAAUCAUUCUAUUGUUUACCUCACGAAUCACUUAAAUUUCUAUUAUUUCAAUCGUUUGUCGAAGAACUCUUGAGAAUUGAAGAUAAAACAGAAGAUCUUGACAAAAUGUGGUCAGCAUGUCGUAAUGAGGCGAUCAAUGAGAACAAUAUGACUUAUAUAUAUCAAAUCGAUGAAUUCGAGUUACUUUAUGAUCCAAACAAGGCCAUUCAGCUUUAUAGUAAAAAUUCAUUUCUUUUUCGAUGGAUCAAUGCAGCAUUACGAUGUGAAAAUAUGGAGAAAAUCUUCACAUUUCAUCCAUUUAUAACUCAUUUACAUAAACAAUUAGCAGUACUCAGUCGGCAACAGGAACUGGAGAGAAGUUCUUCACAAUAUACACUAUAUCGAGGUAAAAAAUUGCCAAGAAGUAUUUUACAACAAUUAUCAGAUAAUAAAAAUAAUCUUAUAUCGAUGAAAGGCUUUCUUUCAACG